GGGAGCUCAGGGCCUCUUGGGGACCCCGGAGCGCGCGGCCACUUUCUCGCCGGUCGCCACCCUCACCCAGACCAUGCACGACCUCGCUGGACUCGGCAGGGAGGCCCCAAAGAGUCAGGUAGGCAGCCUGCACACAUGCCUAUCCCUGUCCCCGCGGCGAGCGUCAGCAUCCUCCCUGUCGUCUGAGUCCUCUGAAUCUUCUGAUGCAGGGCUCUGCAUGGAUUCUCCCAGCCCCAUGGACCCCCAGGUGGCGGAGCAGACGUUUGAGCAGGCCAUCCAGGCAGCUAGCCGGUUCGUUCGAAGCAAGCAGUUCCCCAUCCGACGCUUCCAGUCCUUGCCGGUGAGGCUUCUGGGCCACAGCCCUGUGCUGCGGAACAUCACCAAUGCCCGAGCGCCUGGCAGCUGGAAGAAGAGCGAGGCGCAUAACCAGACUGCCCACAGCUCUGAGGAGGAUAAGGAGAAUGAUGGGUUUGUCUUCAAGAUGCCAUGGAAGCCCACACAUCCCAACCACGCCCAUGCUCUGGCUGAGUGGGCCAACCGCAGAGAAGCCUUUGCCCAGAGGCCCAGCUCGGCCCCCGACUUGAUGUGCCUCACCCCUGAGCGGAAGAUGGAAGUAGAGGAGCUGAGUCCCCUGGCCCAGCGCUUCCCCCUGACCCCCACCACGGGAGUUCCAGACGAAGAUGAUGGGUUUGUGGACAUCCUGGAGGAUGACUUAGAGGACGCUGAUUCAGUUCCCCCAGGCAUGGAGAGCCUCAUUAGCGCCCCACUGGUCAAGACUUUGGAAAAGGAGGAGGAGCAGGACUUCAUCAUGUACAGCAAGUGCCGGCGGCUCUUCCGCUCUCCGUCCAUGCCCUGCGGUGUGAUCCGGCCCGUCCUCAAGAGACUAGAGCGACCCCAGGACAGGGACCUGCCCAUACAGAACAAGCGGAGGAAAAGUGUGACCCCUCUGGAGGAGCAGCAGGAGGCCGAGGAACCUAAAGCCCGUGUCCUUCGCUCCAAGUCCUUGUGUCACGACGAGAUUGAGAACAUCCUGGACAGUGACCACCGUGAACUGAUUGGGGAUUACUCUAAGGCCUUCCUCCUACAGACUGUGGAUGGGAAGCACCAAGACCUCAAGUACAUCUCACCAGAAACGAUGGUGGCCCUGCUGAUGGGCAAGUUCAGCAAUAUCGUGGAGAGGUUUGUGAUUGUGGACUGCAGAUACCCCUACGAGUAUGAAGGCGGGCACAUCAAGACGGCUGUGAACCUGCCCCUGGAACAGGACGCCGAGAUGUUCCUGCUGCAGAGCCCCAUCACACCCUGUAGCCUGGACAAGAGAAUCAUCCUCAUUUUCCACUGUGAAUUCUCAUCUGAGCGUGGGCCCCGCAUGUGCCGUUUCAUCAGGGAGCGAGAUCGAACCAUCAAUGACUACCCCAGCCUCUACUAUCCUGAGAUGUACAUCCUCAAAGGCGGCUACAAGGAGUUCUUCCCGCAGCACCCGACCUUCUGUGAACCCCAAGACUAUCGGCCCAUGAACCACGAGGCCUUCAAGGACAAGCUGAGGACCUUCCGCCUCAAGACGCGCAGCUGGGCUGGGGAGCGGAGCCGGAGGGAGCUCUGCAGCCGCCUGCAGGACCAGUGAAAGGCCAGCCACGGACUCACCUACCUUCAUUGCCUCGAGUGGCCUGGGCACCAGCAACCCAGAGGCCUGUAAUAGCGAGGAUCUGCUGGAGGCCCCAGG